AAAAAGGGAAGUAAAUGCCAAUUGGCGUUUCAACAAUUAUUGGCGCUCUUCCCCAUAUUCGCGUUGCCCCUACAGCACCAAAUAUCGGCGCUUGGAGCUCUCUGACAUUUUUUGGGGCUGUCACAUUGACAGUCGCGCGUUGUAGGUGAUUGCUUGUGCAUUUGGGGAUACGCUUUUCGCCAUCGUCAUUUUCACUGUACUCGGAGUGUUGUGCUUUUCGUGUAUCAAUUGCACAUAAAAAUAUUGAAAUUCUCAAGUUACCGACGAUUCUAUUUAAAAAGUGUUUAACUUGCGAAUAUCACCGAACGUAAUUCCAACCAGCUGAAGUUUUGGUACCGAUAGCGACUGUGGGAGUAAAAAAAAAAAUUAAAAAUUGGUAUAGUGGGAGGCAGAGAGUACAAAGUGAAAGUGUUUUUUUUAUGUAUUGUGUGCAAGAAUCUAGCUUAUACAAAAGCAUAAAAUUAAAAGAAAAAAACAAAUGUGUAACUAUAAAAUUGUUCAUUAAAAGUGUAACCCCGCGGUCCACUAAGCACUUAGCCUUCCUGCCAAUUUCUUUUGUUGUGAUUCCUUGUGGGUUGUGCAAUAUCCCUAUCUCCCCCUUAAACGGUACUUAAUUUUACACCCAUUCGUGAGCAUAGUGUCGCGUUGUCUCCAACAGGAGAAACAAAUCAAGAGUUCAUUAUAGUCUAAUCACCUCCGGAAAGAACAAAUAACUCGCCAUGUAUCGCAUUGGACCAAUUAACCGUAAAUCGAAUUUUCACUUUCGCGAAAAAUGCCUUAUAGGCAUGGUAUUAGCCACGUUAUGUCUGCUUUGUUUUGGUGGCAUAUUUCUGCUACCCGACAAUUUUGGAGGCGAACGCGUGCUGCGUGUAUACAAGCAAUUCCAAAAAGCCGGACCGGAAAUGUUCAUACCUGCACCGCCAUUAGCUGGGCACGGGCCUAAAGAUUCAGACCCACACUUUAUUGGUGACCGUCAGAAGUUGCAGGCAAAAAUUAAAGAAGAAUUAGGUGAAAUUAUGGAUAAGCCAUUGCUGCAACAACGGCAAGCAGAUGCUGGCUAUGAUGGCGAAGAGUUAGGUGGAGCUGAUGAUGGCCAACAACAACAACAGGGAGUGGCGCCACCGUUGAACGGGGAGGGACCACCCGACACAGUCGGGCCUGCCGGCAAAGCACGUAUCAGCAAUGACGAUAAUGCAGCACGCAUGGAUAAUAAUAACUUGCCAGUGGGAAAAGUCGGCAACAUACAAUUCAGUCAAAAUGGAAAUGCUGAUCCGGAUCCAGCUGUUGAGGAAAAGCGGCAGAAAGUUAAAGAGGUGAGUACAAAAAUGUGUACAUAAACAGUUUUUCUGAAGUCCAUAUCUACACACUU